UCCCUUCUUUUCCGCUAAAGUGUCAAAAACUAGCGUACAAUGGCCAAGUCAAAGAAUCACACCAACCACAACCAAAACCGCAAGGCCCAUCGCAAUGGCAUCAAGCGCCCAAUGCGUAAACGCCACGAAUCUACCUUGGGUAUGGAUGUUAAAUUCUUAACCAACCAACGUUUUGCCCGCAAGAACAACUUGUCUCGCGCUGAAGCUGACAAGCGUUUCAAGGAACGCGUUGCCGCUCAAUCUGGCACCAAGAAGCCCGUUUCCCUACAAUAGAUUGUUAAUUGCAAAAACGUAGAAUAAAGUGUGAAUUUGCAUUUGAUGGCUACAUUGAGUUUUUUUUAA